AUGGAUCCUGAGGUGUCAAUCCAAAAAUGGAAUGGCGUGUCGGCCCUUCGGCCACGGAACAAUAAAUUCCCGGAAACGCGCCCUGGAGAAAGCGCGGACUUUUGGCUGAUCAGCUCCGUUGAUCGCAAAGCCCAGCUCCUCCAGCCCUCCAGGGCCCGCAUACAAGGCAUUGACGAUUGUCCACCCCAUCGCGUCCGUCGCUCCAAGCCAUCCGGUCGUCAGGUCUGUCAACCUCUUUUUGAUCUCGACCCUUCGCUCUCUCUCGCAGCCACUGCGCAUCCUCAAAACCCUGGGCCUCGAACGCGCCCGAGCACUGCGCCUCGACUCGUGCGGACAAGGCUCCUAGGCUUGACGGGCAGAGCCUUUCGCUCUGGAUUGCGCACAGCCUCCUACCAGCCGAUUUUCAGAAAGUCGGUUUUCGCGAAGUUGCCCCUGCGAUUUAUCUUUGAACUGGCUCGAAUCAACGGCCAACCUCAAGGAAGUGAUUGCAGUGCAGUCUCGAACUGCAACUCUGACCAAGAGACGUGA